AUGGUGGGAGAGCAGGAGAAGUUAUCACCACGCAUUUUUCGUCGAAUGGAAGACAGAAAAGCGUGGAAUGCAUAUUGGCAGUUGCGGAAGCUCGAAAGUGAGGGAAGUUAUUACAUCAGGCUUUUGUAUUAUAUGCAUAAAGCGGUGGAUGUGCCGGUUACAUGGUUCAGAGAGAAGAUCAUAGAACCGAUGAAUGACAAAUGCCGUUCACCAUACUAUCACCGUAAGUUGAAUCGAGUUCCGGGAAUUGAUGAUUGUGCUGUGGAUGAUUUAUCAUGCUUUUAUGAGGCCAAUACACAGUUCCGACUUGACAAAUUAGUCGAUCAGAACAUCCUGGAUAUUCUGCGCCUGCGGCUUUCCAGAUGUAUGGAUUACAAUGCUCCGAAUUUUGUUCCAUGUGCAAAGUUGAUUGAUGACGUGGAGGAAAACGAGUUGAAUUUCUUCAUAAAGUAUGGUGAAAUUGGGCAAGAAGGUGAUGUUCGAGAUGCAUACAUGAAGCAGAAACAUCGAAUGAUUUGGGAGAGACGACAUCCAGAAAUAAUGAAAGCGCGCGCAGAAGCGUAUGAGGAACAUAAAAGAAGAGUCACAAACGGUGAAUUUGACUAUUCCUUCUGGAAGAAAGGUUUCUGGCACAGCGACAAGAGCAAAAUGGAAAUGCCAAAUGUUGUUCAUCACAGCAAACCAAGCAUUGAGGGUGACAAACCAUUAUCGUUUGACUGGCAGUUCUAUAAGAAAGCUAAAGAUGACCCAGAAUUCCUAAAAGAAGAAAAGAAGAGGCAAAGCAAAGCAACAAUGUUUGGUCCGUGGUAA